AUGCGGCAGGCGAUGGUUGCUGGUAACUGGAAGAUGAAUGGUUCCAGAGCGAGUGUUAAAGAAUUAGUUGAUGGUAUCAAUGCUGGCUUAGGUGGUGUAAACGCCGAAGUCGUUGUUUGUCCUCCUUUUGUUUAUAUCCCUUAUGUAGUCGGUGCUACGAGUGAAUCAGCGAUAAAUGUUGGCGCGCAAAGCAUGUGUGAUCAGGAUAGCGGUGCCUUCACUGGUGAAGUUUCAGGCCCGAUGCUGAAAGAUAUUGGCUGUGAUUACGUUAUCAUCGGUCACUCUGAACGCCGUGCGAUGUAUGGCGAGA